AACUCCUGCCAGCAGGACCGUGAUGCUAAAGUUAGCCAGAUAGCUACCUGGCUGUAAGGAAAACAAACCGGUUUAGUUUCAUUUUACCGGGAGGAAAAAAUGGUGAAACAGACGAUUCAGAUAUUCGCUCGCAUUAAACCCACCAAGAAAAAUGUGGCGGUGUACUCUGUGGACAAUGAGAACCAGACAGGUGCCUCUCUGGAGUUUUUUGUGCCCAAGGACCUGGCUGAUGGCUUUGUUAACAACAAGAGAGAAUGCUACAACUUCAGGUUCCAGAAAGUGUUCGAUCGGGUCGCCAAACAAGAAGAGAUAUUUGAAAACAUCACCAAACCAGUUGCAGACAGUGUGUUGGCUGGAUAUAAUGGCACCGUAUUUGCAUACGGCCAGACGGGAAGCGGGAAGACCUUUACCAUCACAGGAGGGGCUGAGCGGUACAGUGAUCGUGGGAUUAUUCCUCGCACCCUUUCCUACCUAUAUGAACGGUUCAGCCAGGACAGCAGCAUGGUUUAUACCACACAUAUCUCUUAUCUGGAGAUCUACAAUGAGACGGGAUACGACCUUCUGGAUUCCCGACAUGAAGCAUCUCGACUGGAAGACCUACCAAAAGUAAUGAUUAUGGAGGAUCAAGACCAAAACAUCCAUCUGAGAAACCUGUCUCUGCAGCAGUCAGCGAGCGAGGAGGAGGCUCUGAAUCUACUCUUCCUUGGUGACACCAAUCGUAUGAUCGCUGAAACUCCCAUGAACCAGGCGUCCACUCGUUCCCACUGUAUAUUCACUGUGCACCUAUGCAGGCGUGAGCCCGGUUCAGCCACCAUGCAGCGAUCCAAGCUCCACCUGGUGGAUCUGGCAGGAUCGGACCGAGUUAGCAAGACUGGUUUAAAUGGGCAGCUGCUCACCGAUGCAAAGUAUAUCAACCUCUCUCUCCAUUACCUGGAACAGGUCAUCAUAGCACUGUCAGAGAAGAAUCGUUCCCAUAUUCCCUACAGAAACUCCAUGUUAACGUCUGUUCUGAGGGACAGUCUUGGGGGCAACUGCAUGACCACCAUGAUUGCCACUAUGGCAGUCGAGAGAAGGAACCUCGAGGAGUCCAUCUCGACGUGUCGCUUUGCACAGCGUGUGGCUGUCAUCAAGAACGAGGCGAUACUGAAUGAAGAACUGGAUCCUGCGCUGCUGAUAGCAAGUUUGAAAAGAGAGAUCCUGUCACUUAAGGAGGAGCUGGCCAUGGUGACUGGAGAGCAGAGAGACGACCAACUAACUCCAGAGGAGAUCCAGAAAUUGGAGGAGCUCGUCAAGGCUUAUCUGGAUGAUCCCGAUUCAGAUGUGACACUGUCACUGGGACCAGACAUGAGAAAGAUCCAGUACUGCUUCUCCCUGCUAAAGGUAAUUAUUUGGGACAAAAAGGGAGGAAAAAAGAGAUGCAGUGAUGACAAAGCAACACCAGCAGCAACAGUGAGGGAAGAAGAAAUUCAACACAGCCACCAAAGUGCAGGAGAGGUGGCCAAAUUAAAAGAGAUGCUCGGGCAACGUGAUAGCGAGAUUAGCAUCCUAGUUAAGAUGUUGAAGAAGGAGAAAAAAAGAGCUCAGGAUGCUGCUGCUCAGCUUGCACACAUCACCAACAGCCAGAGUCAGAGUACAUCGAGUGUGUCCACAGUGGAGCUGUCACAAGAAGGAAGUAUGGAGACCAUCUCAGCAGACCACAGAGGACGAGCUAUACAGUACAUGAAAAGAGGCCCCAAGCUGUCAAUGGGAAAACAAGAGGCCUUUGAGAUCUUCAUAAGAGACCAUGAAGACCACCUAACCAUAGAAGACAACAAGAGUCUGCUGAAACAGAGAUCAGCAGAGGCCCGGGAACUUGGAGAGGAAUUGAAUGAAGCCAGAAACAGAAUCACUGAACUGAAGAAGCAGCUGGAUGUGCGGAGGAGACAGAGGGCCGCUUAUGGUGUCAUGGAAAAUCACACAGGGCCUGAGGAGGAGUUUGACCCAGUUGAAGAAAACCUCUGCAAGCACAUUGAGGAAGAAAAAAAAGGUUACAAGAGCAUCGUUGGCCGUCUAAAAGCGCUGAGGACCGAGAUUGAGCAUCUGCAGCUGUUGUUGGAGAGGUCAAAGGUCAAGCUCCAGAAGGACUUCCAUAAGUGGUGGAGCCAGGAAGCUUCCAGUCUGCAGGAGUCUGAGUCAGAGGCUGCAGCCCAAAGUCACACUGGGACACUGAACAACACCAUACAGCCAUCUUCACCUCGAGCUCUGGGAUUUGGGGCUCCUGCUCUCAGCAGUACUGUGAGAGACUCGCCAGCAGGCCGACACCGGAAUCCAGAUCCUUCUAUCUCCUCUGUUCAGGAGCUCAGAAGUUUUACCCCUGAAAGCAAACCUCCAGUACCAGCUGUGCCAGCCUGGCAGAAUAAGCCUGUGAACAGGAAGGUGACAGACUUCACCCCUUCUUCUGAGUGGAAGACCCUCACCUCUGCCACCAUUUCAUCCUCCUCUAUUCCACUGACUGGAGACCAGAAAACUGAUGCUGACAUCCUGGCUUUUAUCAGGGCCAGGCAGAAUCUCGUCAGCAGGGCAGGCAAACAUAAGCAGUGAUGUGUUUGAAGUUUGACCUCCACGUCUACCAGUUGAAAGAAUUACUCAUGACCUGGUACAUGAGUACUAGGCUUCUCCAAGAAAUACAGCGCGCGCGCGCACACACACACACACACAUUGUGCCUGCUGUCAAAUGCAUACACUCAGUUACUGACUUCCUCCUGGAGAUGACGUGAUAUAAUGGUCAUGAGUGGAAACAGCCUGCUCCGACUGUUCGACAAAUGUUGUCUCAAGAUAUCAGAAGAAGGAGCGGCCAGUCGGAAGCCGGCUGCUCCAGUUUGUGGAAGUAAUGAAUCAUAACUAUGUAAAUGAUGCAGAAACAAAUGACUUUCAUAUUUCCAUCUUAUUUAACUCUAUUCAAAAGGGGUGUAAAAGUGUGUAAUCUCAGGAAAUUUUCCUAUUUAAUAUGUACAAAAAAAUUAAGCAGAAUUGUGCGAUGCCACAUCACACACGACUGCUGCUGCCCACUCUGCCUGCCUUGUGAUUUAAAAUCCACAGAUCAUAGUUGUUGAUGCACAAAGUUCAUUUUCUUUUGCCAUUUAUAUUAGUAAUAAAUCUUUUUUCACGAGCGCUUCCUUAUUUCUUGUAGAAGUGUAACAGUGGCUUAUUUUACUUUGGAAUUUAACUGGAAAAUUCCCUCCUAAAAAGUGGAAAACCACUGUCAACUAUAGUUCUAACAGCUAUACUGAAAAAAUGAGAGUAUCUCUCACGUCUCCCUGAAAUUUGAAGAUGUUCUGUAUGAGAUCAUAUAAGCAAAAACAGCUUUUGUGCAGCAGAUUUAAAAUUACAUCAGGCAUUCACUCUGACCCUCAGAUAGUCUCUCAGUCUUGUUCUCUAAAACCUAAAGACUUUGAUCAACUGGUCCCUUAACGAAAUUGACACCCUAUUCUCGAUGAGAAGCCUGGACUCUGGAGAGUCCGAUUCUCCUGCAGAGAGAUUUGCUGCUGGACACGCGAUGGCCGGUUGUGUAGUUUACCUCGAUGGAUGGCACUGAAUGAGAUCUAACUAUUCAGAACAAUGAUAACAGAGUUCUGGCUGAUUGGAGCUGGCUCGGACCUGGCUUAUGGAAGAACAAAGAAAGCGGUUACAGUUGUUCAAAACCCCACAAGGUUGGUCAACACGAUUGACGAUGGGCAAGCCGUGAGUACUCAGACUGUGUUUAUGAAAUGCAAUAUUGAUAAGACCUUGGAGAAGCUCAUGGCUCUGCAUCGGGAAUUGAGAGACCUGAUGACCAGUGACGGACAUUUAGACCAACUGCGAAACUGGAAUGCAAUUAUUCGUUUGAACCCAAAUAACCAUCUCCUUCAUGCAGCUACCCAAGGCCAAGACUGCCCAGAACAACAAUGCUCCCUGAUAACAGGACUGUGUUUUGACUAUCUGCUCCUACCCUUCAAGGUCACCUGAAUCACCUGGAGGACUGUUGACUUUUGCUUAACCGGGUGAAAGGACACUCUCUCAAGUUGAACACAGGAUACACACACACACACGCAAAUCUCUUAUGUACACUCACACAGACACGCACUCACCCCCUCCACCCUCCCAGGGCCUCCGAACCUUUACUCCCAUCUGAAGUAGGCAGGCGGAUCUGUCCAGUCCUGGAAGACUGGCAGCAGGACCAGGCUGCUGUCUACAUGGGUUAACUCCUGAGCCCCCCCUUCCCGUUGCAAGUCAUGUGCUUUUAUGUUGUAAGAUGUGAAGAUUUAUGUGCUUUCUGUGCUGAGGGGGUUUUUUUUGUUCCCCUAGGAGCGCAGUCUGGGAGGAGUUCUUUUCUCCUCCUCUUUCCUCAUGUAUUGUGUAUUUCCAUUGUUUUUUGUACCACA